AUGGGAAGGAACUUACGAAAUCAAGAGCAAAUUAGAAAUCUCACCGCAACAAUACAAAAUUAUUCAUAUAACCAAUAUAAUCUUCCUUCAUUAAUUUCGAUUGAUCAAGAAAGUGGAAGUAACAUUCGAAUGUUCAGGAAUUCAACUGUAUUCCCUUCUUCUAUGACAAUAGCAGCUACUAAUAACCUUGAAAAUGCCUAUAAAUCUUCAUAUCUCCAAGCUCUAGAGUUAAAUGAUGUUGGAAUUAACUUGAACUUUGCUCCUGUUAGUGAUGUUAACAGUAACAUACAUAAUCCUAUUGUUGGUGAUAGGUCAUUUGGUGAUAAUCCGAAUGUGGUCAGUAAAUACGUCCAAAACUACAUAAAAGGUCAUAAAAAGGCAGGAGUAUUGUGUUGCUCAAAGCAUUUUCCAGGUCAUGGAGAAACAUCUCAGGAUUCACACUAUGAAUUACCAAGAAUUAACAGAACUUUUGAAAGUUUGAAGGAAAUUGACCUUCCACCCUUCAAAGCAUCGAUCAAUUAUGGUGUGGACAUGAUUAUGUUGGGUCAUUUAAUCACCCCACUUGAUGAAACGAUGCCUUGCAGCACAAGUUCAAAAUGUAUAAAUUAUUUGAGAAAUGAACUUGGAUAUGAAGGAGUUACAAUAACAGAUAGCAUGGUUAUGAAAGCAAUUAAGCAAGAGAAAUACAAUGAAACCAUUUUAGAAGCUAUUUUAGCUGGUGCCGACUUAAUUUGCAGCUGUGGAAAGGUAUUUGAGCCAUUUCAAUAUUAUACUAUUGAUUAUUUGAUGGAAUGUGUUGAAAAAGGUCUUCUUCCUAUGAAAAGAGUUGAAGAAUCUCUCAAAAGAAUUAUUAAGCUUAAAUUGAGCUUGGAAAAGGUUGAUCAUGCAGUAGAUUACCAACAUAAUUACGAAAUAGCCCGUAAUAUUAGUGAAAAUGGAAUUACGUACUUCAAUGACGAAAAUCAAAAAUUAAUUCCACUAAAUAAUUCACAAUCGUAUAUUUGCAUAGAGUCAAACUUGUCAAAAGAGUAUAUGCUUGAAGAAUACAUAAAGGAAAGCUUUUGUACGCGAUUAUCAAAAAUUAUAAAUUUGAAGAAAUAUGUUUUCGACAAGAAAGUCAGUCAAAAUGAUAAAGACCAAAUAAACAUUUUGGCGAAAGAAAACAAGACAACAAUUUUUGUUCCUUACAAAUCAAGGUGGAAUAAAGAGCAAAUCCAAGUAAUCAAAGAGUACUACAAUGUCAACAAUAAUGUUAUCUUAGUUUCACUCUCUGAUCCAUAUGAAUUCUUGGAUUUCAAAUUUAUUCAUUCAAAAAUCAUUGGUUAUGAAUAUUCUCCUCUCAGUCUGUCUGCAUCUGUCAAUGUCAUAAUUGGUGCUAAUAAAAUUAACGCAUCAAUACCUUUCAAUGUUCCAAAUAAUUUGUAA